AUGUCAGUUACUGAUCCUUGGGCAUACUCAGAUUUUGCUCCUCCUUCAAGAGGAAAUAGUCCCAUUCUGCAAAAUGAUAAUGGUGUCAAUAACAACAAAAUUGAUUCCGAACUGGCAUCAAUUGUUUCGUCGUUAAGCGCAUUGUCAAACCCUGGCUUUGGAAACACUAACAACGCUAACAACAACAAUAACAAUAACAAUAACAACAACAGUUUGGGCUCUUCUUCUCAUCAAAUUGGUUCUUUCAGAAGAUCAAGUGUGACCACCACAACCAGUGGUGGUAGCAUCGCUAACGAUGAUCAAAAUGCUAACCCAAACAUGUUGGAUGCAAACGAUUUAUCCUUUUUACAAAAAAGUCUACUAAAUUCAGCAAAUAAUAGAAAGUCCCCAAUGUCAGUAGGCACCGCUCCAAUCAUGAGUGGGAACAAUGCAAGAAUGAAUAUCUUGGGUCAUUAUUCAGCAAGUAUCAAUGGUCCUUUGUUAUUUUCAAAUUCAAACAAUCAACAAUCUGCUGCAAAUGAAGGUUUCUUCGAAAAAUUCGGUAAAUCUUUGAUCGAAGGUACUAAGGAACUAGAAAAUAGUAACCUUUCAGCAAGCAAUUCAAGUACAAACAUUCAAGAUUUUGCAAAUAAAAAUUCAAUGACUUUGAGCGUACCUACUACAACUACGGCUUUUAGAAGAGCUUCAAUCAAUUCCUCAGUUACAGAUGUAACUGCAAAUACCUGCUCUUCUUCAACUUCCUCAAAUUCAAACGAUAGAAACACAGAUAUCCUUUCCGAACCGAAUGAUGAAUUUAAUAACAGAAGAAAUAUUUGGAAUUUAUCGAACAUCUCAAACAUGCCCAUUUUUAAACCAGGUUUUAACAACAGUAAUAAUAGUAAUAACAAUAAUAACAAUAAUCAAACCCAUAUGUUCCCAUACCCUCAAAAUAAUAUGAAUGUAGGAAACCCUAUGAUGGUGCCUGGUCAAAUACCCCCACCUCCAAACAAUCCAUAUUAUUAUAUGGAAGGUAAUUACCCUCCAUAUAUGCCAAAUAAUAUUCCAAUGUAUUUUGACCCAAAUAUGAAUACAGUUAAUGAAAUGGAGAGACAUGAUUCCAAUAAGAAUAAAAGAAAUCCAUAUAAAAAGAAAAAUAAUGGUAAUAGUAAUAAUAAUAACAAUAACAACCAUAAUGUAAAUAAUUCAUCAUCCAAUAAGGGUAAACAUCAAAUUAAUCCAUAUUUGGAUAAUAAAAAUUCUCAAAGUAAUUUGAACGUUAAAUCUCAAAAGAAACAAUCAUUAUCUCCUCCUACAUUACCAAACUCCUCCCAACAAUCAUAUGUCCAUCAAGAAAAGAUUGGCUCUGUGAAUUCAAAAAACUCCAAUAAUAACAAUAGCAAUAAUAAUAACAAUUCUAAAUUGUCAAACCAACAAUUCCAUAGGUCUCCAUUAUUAGAAGAAUUUAGAAACAAUUCAAACAACAAGAAAUACACUUUAAAGGAUAUUUUUGGUUAUGUGUUAGAAUUUUGCAAGGACCAACAUGGUUCUCGUUUUAUUCAACAGGAAUUGGCUGUAGUAACUCCUUCUGAAAGAGAAGUUAUAUUUAAUGAAAUCAGAGAUCACAUAUUGGAAUUAUCUGAUGAUGUUUUUGGUAACUAUGUAAUUCAAAAGUUUUUUGAAUACGGUUCAGAAACUCAAAAGAAUAUAUUAGUAGAUCAAUUUAGAAAUCGUAUGCAAAAGUUGUCUAUGCAAAUGUAUGCAUGUCGUGUUAUUCAAAGAGCUUUAGAGUUCAUUGAAUUACAGCAAAGAAUUGAUUUAGUGUUGGAAUUAGCUGAUUGUGUUUUACCAAUGAUCAAAGAUCAAAAUGGUAAUCAUGUAAUACAGAAGGCAAUAGAAAGAAUCCCUAUAGAUAAGCUACCAUUUAUUUUAGAUUCAUUAAAGGGCCAAAUAUAUCACUUAUCUACACAUGCUUACGGAUGUCGUGUUAUACAAAGAUUAUUGGAAUUUGGUUCAAAAGAUGAUCAAACCCGGAUCUUAGAGGAAUUGCAUGAUUUUAUCCCAUAUUUAAUUCAAGAUCAAUAUGGUAAUUACGUUAUACAACACAUUUUACAACAGAAAGAUGAAGAUUUAAUGAAAGAAAAUAUGUCACCAAGUAUUGCAAAGGCUAAACAAGAAAUUGUUGAUAUUGUUUCAGAGAAUGUAGUUGAAUUUUCCAAACAUAAAUUUGCAUCUAACGUCGUUGAAAAAACUAUUCUUCAUGGUAAUGAAAAACAAAGAAAUGCAGUUACUUCUAAAAUAAUUCCUCGUGAUUUAGAACAUGCGGCUAAUUUAGAGGAUAAUGCACCAAUGAUUCUAAUGAUGCGUGAUCAAUUCGCCAACUAUGUCGUUCAAAAAUUGGUCAGUGUCACUGGCGGUGAUGAAAAGAAGUUGAUCGUUGUAGCAAUUAGAGCAUAUUUGGAAAAAUUGAACUCAUCAAAUUCGUUGGGUAAUAGACAUCUAGCAAGCGUUGAAAAACUAGCCAACUUGGUCGAAAACGUUGAAGUAUAA